GCUGUAUCUCUUGCAAGCAUGCACCAUUCGAAUAGAGCUAGAGGCUCAUUAUGCUCUUAUCGUUCCCGUUCGCUGUCCACACUCAACAGCAGUUUGACCAGCCAAAACGAAUCUACUUUGCCGAGCUCGGAUACAGCUAUCUCAGGAAGUUCACCACCUCCGGCCACCCUUCCCUCGCAUGGCAUAUCCAAGAAGCGCGUACUAGUCUUAGGCAGUGGCAUGAUGGCUGAGACAACCAUUGACGAAUUAUGUUUGGAUACCAGCGUCGAAGUACUCCUCGCUACACGAAACAUUACACAAGGCAACAAAUUCGUAGCUCGCCACAAUCACGCGCAUGUCAAACAGGUUGAUUGCACGAAUGCUCAGACCGUUUCGGAGUUGAUUGCUCAGGCAGACGUAGUUGUCAGUUUGCUGCCGUCAAACCUCGUCCCUCGCAUCGCCGAGCAAUGCAUUGCCUCGCGCAUAUCCCUUGUCACGCCAUCAUAUAUAUCACAAGGGCUACGGUCACAAGAUUUGCAAGCUGUUGAACGUGAUACUUUGAUUUUGGCCGAGGUAGGCUUUAACCCCGGCUACGACCAUUGCGCUGCAUUGGCUCGGUUCGACCGACUCAAACAAGAAGGCAAACGCAUCCACAUGUACAUGUCAUUCUGUGGAUCCCUCCCGGCACCGGAGUGCGCAAACGUGCCCUUCGGUUACAAAAUCUCCCAUAGUCCUCGCGAAAUGCUUCUUGAUACGAUGGCGUUCUCAAGAUUUAAGCUCGAUAGCAAGCAACGCCAAGUUUGGGAAUACGAAUUAACGAAGCGGUAUUUCCCUAAGGUGGAUAUCAUGGAGGGAGUAUCUCUUGAAGCAUUCCCUAAUCACGAUGCUGUCACGUAUCUCAAGAAGUUCAAGUGGCCUGUCAUUCGAGAUAUGUCUACUAUGAUGCGCGGUACUCUUAGAUAUCCUGGUUUCUCCGACCUCAUGCAAUCCUUCAAGGCUAUCGGUCUGCUCAACACAGAUACUACCAUCAACCCCAGCUCCUGGCAGGACCUCACGCGACAUGCCCUCCAAGCCCUCCUCGGCGCUAAGCUCAAUAAUGAACCCGUGUCUCUUAGAUCCGCUUUCGGCGAUGUUGUCGCCGACGAUGCCAUCGACCCGCUUAUGCGCGCUCUCGCGUGGCUCGAAGCUGUUCCUUCCUCGGUCGGCGAACGUGGUGGUCCAUCCCUUCCGGCGCCUCCCUCGGGGCCGGCUUCGCCACUCGACCAUUUGGCACAGUUACUGAGCACGAAGCUCGCGUACGGUCCUAAUGACAGAGAUAUGCUUGUGCUACACCAGGAAAUUGGCGCGUCCCCGCAGAACAUGAUCGCGCCGAGGAUCAAGCCCAAGAACAAGCGCGAGGUGUCGCUCUUCAUUGGACCUGAGUCUGUUGUUUAUAGGCGUCAGAUGGUCAUGUACGGCACUCCCGGUGGGCCAAGCGCCCUAGCGAAAUACACGGGUGUCUCGCUUGCCACGGCGGCGAAGCAAGUUGUACAUGGAAAAACCACCGGCUUGACGGGUGUGGUAUUCCCUGCCGAUGAGAGUGUUUGGAGACCGAUUGUAGAGAGAAUGGAGGAGAUAGGUGCGACUUGGACAGAGACGGAAAUUAAAGGGAAGAGUCCAAUCGAGACCCGACUGUUCAAAGAGCUCGCAAGCAAGUCUAUAUUGCCAUAAUGUGUUCAUCAGCCGACGUGGGCAUUGAGCAUCUUAGUCUCCCAUAGGCAAACCUUUAUAUUUUUCGGAAGAUAAUGUUCCUUAAUAUGAUGGUUUGCUUUCAAAGGCCUGCAUUUCGGCAGGAGGCAAACAGAAGGAUGGAUUGUUGGAAUUAGUGUUUGACCUUGUUCGCAUCAUAAUGUGAUAGUUUUAUAUUACUGUUUCUG